CCUUGCCAAGUUGGCCGUACACCAUGCAUUGGAAUUGUUGUUGUGUUUUUAUUUUAACAUUCGCAUGAAAUUCCCAAAAAAUUCAAAAUAAUCUAGCUGCCUAAGUAAACAAGACUAUCAUUAGGACCAUUUGGAAAUCAUGCUGGACAACGACACCAGCAACAACAACUGCAAUCCACAAAAACUGCCACUGGACGAACUGAAAUUCACGCUUUCAGGCCAGGAUGGUGUCCGGAAACAUAUUCCGGCAUUGAACGAGCACUGGGUGCGGCGUGACAAGCCUUUCGGAACCUACAUAUGUCUAAUGAAGUCCUAUGGACGCCUGAAAACCGGAGCAGCUCUGGAAGAGUGGACUUUUACGGCGAAAAACUGUCAACAGGAUUUUGAGUUCCUACUGGGUCUGAGACAACAUGAAUUCUGGUCGUACAUGGUGUACGAGGAGUCAUCCAUGGCGGCCAUCGUCACAUUCCUGCAACGUGCCAAUCCCUACUACGUCCAACACGACACUAACCAAGAUAAGGAGACACAUGAGGCUAUCGAAUUGUAUGGACAGCUGCUGGAUCUGGUGGUGCGCCUGGUGACGCGCCUGGUCACCUCCCAGGAAUCGGAUACCGAGUGGAUAAGUCCCAAGCAGCAUGGUAGUUUGCUUUACACGAACUAUCUUAUCUCACUGCCGAUGCUCUUCGACCUGAUAAUAGCCGUGGGCGAUGCAGAGCCCUCCAAUAUCGCCCUGCUGCGGGAUAUCAUUGAGAGUGUACUGCGCCUGCAGCCCGACUACGCCAAGGACAUGAAGGAGGCGUUGGCCUUCUACGAGAAUGCCUUUCUCAGCAUGCAGAUUCAGGUGGAGAACGAGGGGUAUGAGGGUGCCGGCGGCGGAGCACCGUUAGACGCUGAUCUGGAGACGCCCUACGACGAUGUGGUGGUCUUCGCUAUGGAUUGUGCCUACACGCUGCAUCUGCUGUUGCUUCUGCGGCCCCAGCUGGUGGAGAUGUUAGAGGAGUUGCGACUGGUUCCUAGCAUUGCCAAUUUUUAUGACAUGACUGUUCCAAUGUUGUACCGAAACAUCCACAUGAUAAAUCCCCAGGCGAACUCCCUCCGAUGGCUGAACGAAACCCGGCAGCAGUUCCUGCUCGUCGCCCGUCGCGUGAUCAGUCUCCAGUUGGAGCAAGGACGUGGCCAGCAGCUGGUGGAGGUGCUCCAGGAGAGCCUGGCCGCCCAGACCUUCGUUGUCGACUAUCAGCGCCAGUUUCCAGUGGAGCAUGACAUAAAGCAGCUCAUUCGAAAGUGUCCAAAAGUAAAAGACUACAAGAUUGAUUUUGUGAUUUCGGGCUACCAGUCGGCACUCAGUAGCUGUCCCAACGGCAUCAUGGCGGAUGAAUUUCUCAGCAACCCGGAUACCGAGGAGGAGGAGGAGGAAGAGGACAACUCUCGCACCUCACCCGUUUCUAAUCCCCCGGCUGUGAAUGGUGGAGGAACCACCAGGGAUCUGGACGUGGAGGUGACGGCUGUGCUGGAUGUCUUGCCCGAUUUGGGAACUGGUUUCAUCCGGCGACUGCUCGUCCGGUACGAGAACAGCGAGCAGGCUAUUGCCGCCAUUCUGGACGAUAAUCUGCCGCCAGAUCUCGCCCAGGUGGACCGCCAGGAGUUGUAUGUGCCGCCCGAUCCGCAGGAUAAGCUACAGCGUCAGACCGGUGUCCGACACUACAACGUGCAUGACGGUGAUCGGUACGAUGUGCUAACCCAGGACAAGCCGGAGUGCAUCAUAAAGCUGGGCAAGGGAUUCCCGGGAGCGCCGCGCAAUGCAGAGCAGUUGCUGGACGACAAACGGGACCUGGAGAAGCUCAAAGACCGGUAUCAGCAGUACGCCCUGGUGGAGGAGAGCCCGCUGGAGAAUGGCGAGUACGACGACGAGUAUGAUGAUAGUUAUGAGGCUCUGAACGAUGGCCAGGCACCGCCGGUGAGCCUGCUCCGCUCCCGACUCCAGGCUGCGGCGGCCAGCUCGGCCUACGAGCCGCAGGAUGAGGAGGUGGAUGACGAGGAGAGCUCCGACGAGGCAGAUGCAGAGCCUGCCAAGCGGAAUCCCAUCGAUUUCUGUGAGAAUCCUGAGAUAACGAGAGCGCGCUAUCAGCAGCGUCAGAUGGCCAAGUAUGGGAAUAGAGGAGGUGGUGGAGGAGGAGGUGGUGGAGGCGGAGGUGGUGGUGGAUCUGGUGGUGCUUCUGUGGUGGGUGCACCCAAAGGACAAGGCCAGUCGCAGCAGACCCAACGCAAUCGCGGCCAGAAGGAGGCCCACAAAUCCUCGCGAGCCAACCACAAUCGCAAGGCCGGAGCAGCCUUCAAGCGGAGCAAGGGAAUGAUGGGAUGAGUUCCAAGGCCACUUGGAGUGUGUGUCCACCAUGUGGAGUGAUUGUUAAAUAAUUCAAUUAAUUUAUAAAGGAAAUUAUAGCAAAAAAGGAAUGAAAAAAAGAGAAUCUAUUUAUUUUAUAACACAGCAGUAGAGUUUAUUUCAAAAAUAAAUAUUCCAUAAAUUUUCAAUGAAAUCGUCACCUUAAUGUUAAUUUUAAUUUUUAAAUAAACAUAUAUUAAAUAUUUUGUGCAGCUUCAAAGAUGUAUCUCUCUAACUUUCAACUUAAAUUUUGAUUUAAAAAAAAAACUGAAUUUUCAUAAAAAAAAUAGAACCGACUAUAAACUUUAAA